AUGUCACAACAAUUUUUAUAUCAAAAAGAUUAUUUAGAUCAAAAACAUCCAAAAUCGGGUGUUUCUGGACCACAUUAUUUAAUACAUUAUAAAGGUUGGAAACACACUUGGGAUGAAUGGGUUGCAGAACCUAGAGUUUUAAAAUUUAAUGAAACUAAUUUAUCAAAACAAAAACAAAUCGAAGAAUCAUUUAAUAGAAAAAAUAAAGCAUCAACAGGAAAAAAGAGAAGGAGAGAACAAUCAAUUGAUAAAGAUGAAAUUAUCAAGAAACCCAUAAUAGCAAUUCCAAUACCUGAAACGCUAAGAGCCAUGUUAGUUCAAGAUUGGGAAAAUAUUAAUAAAUCACAAUUAGUUGUACGGUUACCACGUAAACCAUCAGUAGUAGAUAUAAUUGAUCAUUAUAAGUUGUACCAAAAAAAAAAAUAUAAAGAAAUUAUAAAUGGAAUACUUUAUUAUUUUAAUAAAUGUCUGGGAACAAGAUUACUAUAUCAAUUAGAGAGACAACAAUAUAAAGAUUUGAAAAAUAAAUUUGAUAAAUUGGAAAAUUCACAAUUAUAUGGAGCUGAGCAUUUCUUAAGAUUAUUUGUAUAUAUUCCGACUUUAAUAUCUGGUUCUAAUGUAGGAGAAGAUACAUUGACAAUAAUAAAAGACCAUCUAAUUGAUUUCUUAAAUUUUCUACAUGAAAAUCGAAAAACUUAUUUUUUGGAUGAAUAUCAAAAACCUCAAUUUUAG